AUGAACCUUCAUGGCAUAGCUGCGGCUGUGCAAUCCAUCCGACGGCCAGGCUUGCUCAUACCGCAUCUACAUUUUGCUUCCAUGAGGCAUCUUGAUUGGCAUCGUAUAUAUGCCUCUGGUGUUCGAUAUAUCGUGUUCGACAAGGACAAUUGUCUCACGGCUCCGCAUCAUGAUCAACUGGCGGAGCCGCUCCAAACGACGUGGAAAGAAUGUCGUCGUGUAUUUGGAUCAGAAAAUCUAUUGCUUGUCAGCAAUUCAGCAGGAUCUAACUCUGAUCCGCAGGCUCUAGCUGCGGAAACGGUAUCGUCAAACCUGGGCAUCCCUGUGCUGUGUCACGCUGCGAAAAAGCCGAGUUCUCAAUGUGCGCGCCAAGUCGUGGAACAUUUCUUGUCGCUCGCAUUCCGUCGUGCGGAAUCAUCAUCUACAUCCCCUCUGCAUAUUCUGGUGAUUGGCGAUCGCAUCACUACAGAUAUGGUGUUCGCUCAGCGGAUAGCUCGGUGUCUGACAAAGAUUGAGUCCGAUGGACGACACACACAGUGCACUAGUAUUCUCACAAAGCAGCUAUGGGGGCGAGAGGGGCUCGGUACGCGAUGUCUGCGUCUGAUUGAAUCAAGUGUUCUCCGGCAGCUUGUGCGCGCGGGAAUUCCGCCAGGUGGAUCAUGGCUUCAACGUGGCUACCACAUACCACCCGAGCUGAAGACAUGGGUUGUGCCUGCGGUGGAAGCCCCCUCUUUGGCUUCCGCGCCGACAAUCACAAUGCCCGAGCCGCGUAUGUGGACUCGCCUAAAGAGCGCAUGGCAGGCCAUGGUCUCUGAGUUCUUUGGCAGUGUCAAGCACAUCCAGCAGCUCGCUUGGUCUGCCUUGACGGCGACACCGACCAAACAAUGGCGCUCUUCAUGGCGCGUGCCCUCCUCAUCCAAGCAUUUGGUCUCGCGCUCGAGGGCACGACACAUGUCUACGUGCCGCAUCGUACGGGCCGUGCAUGAAAAGCCGGUGCCGCGUCGACCGAUGCCAUCUGUGCCGGAAAAACAGUCUCCUCCGCGGAGUCUAUUCGGUAUUUCGUGGCUGCGAUGGGCUUUGGCUGUAGCAGCCCUUAUUCUGCUGCCACUUGGAUUUAUGGGCGGCAUGAAAUUGAAUGAGCUAGUGGAUACGUGGCGGUCCGGCGAUCUAUCUCAUGAAGGAGAACGCUCGCUGCCUCCGGAGCCCCAGGUGCAAGAGGAGGUCGACCGAGCUGUGGAAUCAGAGUCACAGCUUCAGCAGCGCAAGAAGAUUACGAGUCUGGAAUUAGAGCAUUACCACUUGCGUCGUGAACGGGAGCGUAUCACAGAAAAGCUCUCGCAUUUGGACGAGCGCCAGAAAGCACAUAGCGAACAACUAUGA